ACCAGUCAGGGAGGUAUGGCUGAUGUUGCCUCCUGCUUGCUCCUCUGGUCCUCUCUGGGAGCACAGCUGACCACAUUACCCACCUCCCGCCUCUUCCUCUCACCUUGCUGCCACCUCUUCCUCCCCACAACCAUGGAGGAGGUCACCAAGGUUGCGCCACCUCUCCUGGAACGCCGGGCUCGCCAGCGACAGCCCACAGUUUCGGUCCUUAAAUCCAAGCUGAGGCAGAGUGUGACCUGCUCCGUGCCAAAAGUUCGGUCCACCCUGACCGGGUUCUUCCCCGUUGUACACUGGCUGCCUAAAUACAAGCUCAGAGAGUAUGUCUGGGGCGACCUGAUGUCCGGGUUGAUCGUUGGUAUCAUCUUGGUACCACAGGCCAUUGCCUACUGCCUUCUGGCAGGAGUGGAGCCCAUCUAUGGUUUAUACACCUCGUUUUACGCCAACAUCAUCUACUUCUUCAUGGGGACGUCCAGACAUGUCUCUGUGGGGAUCUUCAGCCUCAUGAGCCUCAUGGUGGGACAGGUGGUGGAUAAGGAGAUGUUCCUGGCAGGUUUUGACCUCAAUGAGGACUCAACAGCAUCUGGCCCUGAUGUGUUUAAUGCCACGCUGGGCACUAACCUCACAGCUGGUACAUUUCACAGUGUGGAGCUAAUGGGAAUGCAGUGUGGAAAGGAAUGUUAUUCCAUCGCCAUUGCUGCUGCCCUCACAUUCCUGGCUGGCAUCUAUCAGGUCUUGAUGGCCGUGUUUCGACUGGGCUUUGUCUCUGUCUACCUUUCGGCUCCCAUGCUCGAUGGUUUUGCCACGGGAGCUUCUUUCACCAUCCUCACUGUGCAGGCUAAGUACCUGUUGGGUCUUAAGAUUCCCCGUCAUCAGGGCUAUGGCACAGUUGCUGUCACAUGGUUCAACAUAUUCGCCAACAUUCACAAGACCAACGUGUGUGACCUCAUCACCAGCGCCAUCUGUAUCUCUGUAUUAGUGGCGGGGAAAGAGAUCCAGGAGCGCUACAAGGAUCGUCUAAAGAUCCCUCUGCCAACUGAGCUGGUAGUUGUGGCAGGAGCUACACUGGCCAGCCACUUUGGGCAGCUGAACAGCCAGUAUGGCACCAGUGUUUCUGGUCACAUACCCACAGGGUUCAUUCCUCCCCAGGUGCCCAGCUUUAGUUUGAUGCCACAGUUGGCGCUGGAUGCCAUUCCUCUGGCUGUCAUUAGCUUUGCCUUCACGGUGUCGCUGUCCGAGAUGUUUGCUAAGAAAAAUGGCUAUACGGUUCGACCCAACCAGGAGAUGCUGGCCAUCGGCUUUUGUAACAUCAUCCCCUCCUUCUUCCACUGUUUCACCACCAGUGCAGCACUGGCAAAAACCAUGGUGAAGGACUCAACAGGCUGCCAGACACAGGUAUCGAGUCUGAUCAGCGCCCUGGUCGUACUCCUCGUCCUCCUCUUCUUCGCACCUUUCUUCUACUCUCUCCAGAAGUGUGUUCUUGCCUGUAUCAUCAUUGUAAGCCUUCGAGGGGCACUCAGGAAGUUUAAGGAUGUCCCAGCUAAAUGGCGUGACAGCCGGAGCGACGCCAUUGUUUGGCUGGUUGCCAUGUCGGCCACAGCUCUGAUCAGUGUGGAGAUGGGGCUCCUGGUGGGAGUAGUUUUUUCAAUGAUCUGCGUCAUCUUCAAGACCCAGAACCCUAAGAUGUCUCUCCUGGGCCGGGCCAAUGACACCGAUCUUUACGAGGACAUAGAGGAGUACAAGAACCUCGUGCCUCCACCUCGAGUUCACGUUUUGCGCUUCCAGGCUCCUCUGUACUAUGCCAACAAGGACGCAUUCCUCAGAUCCCUCUACAAAGGUGUCGGAGUUGAGCCUUUCUUGGAGCUGACUAAGCGACGAAAGGCAGAGAAGAAGGCCAAAGAGAUGUCCUUGAAGCAGGCCAAGGUAAAUGGGGACAAAAUCAACGGAGAGGUUGUUCUUGGACUCAUCCAACGAGAACUGGAUUUCCACACAAUAGUUCUAGACUGCUCUGCCAUCCCAUUCAUAGACUCGACAGGCAUGGCCACAUUUAAAGGGCUGGUCAAGGAAUAUAAAGAGAUCGGGGUGAACGUGCUUUUCACAAACUGUAACACCUCAGUCAUUGAUACCCUGCAAGAGGGAAAGUUCUUCGGGAAGAACGAUGAAGACAUGAGCAGCCUGCUGUUUCAUACAGUUCAUGCGGCAGUUCUCCAUGCAAACAGCAUGUUUGUAGCAGCAGAGAGCAGGGCAGAGGACUCCGUGGUGUAGAGCAGCAGGAAGGAGAAGGAAAUUAGGUAUACUAUCUUGCCACCUAUAACAAUACUACAAUAGGUUACGUCUUUUAGGAAGCUUCAUCCAAGAAAACAUGGGGAUACCAAGAGAACCCAAGUAGGAAGUGUUUUGUAAUACCAAGUAAAUAUCUGAUGCCUUGCCCCUCUAAAAACCAGACCACUUAAAGCCUGAUCUGCUAAAUGAGCAUUCAUUUCAACAUUUAAAAUGCAAUUUUAUUGAUGGAAAGAAGGUCAUUGAAUAAAACUAGGUCAUCUAUGUAGUAGAAAGGUGACAUUAUUUUUAAAAUAGUGCCAAGUGACUGAACGGGGUCGUAUUCCCUAUAGCUCUUAAGUGGAAGAUACUGCAACAACUAGGAUUAAUUGCACAUGGUGCCUUCCUAGGCAACUUUCGGGACACUCCUUUCUAGAAACAGAAGCCCCUUCCUCCUCCAGCUUUACUCCACCGAGCUCUUGUUGUAUAAAGUGCCUGGAAUAUCUGGUUCCAACAUUGUAUCGUAAAACAAGUUUUCUCAGUGGUAUUUUAAUAUCAGUUUUUCUAGGAAGACAACAGACGGUUUUGCUUGCUUAGAUCGGAGACGCUCCUUCUUAACCUUCCUCAAUGGCAGACAGAAAAUAAAGUACAGCAUGUGGUUCAAGUCCUCUGCAACCAUGUUUUCUGUCAUCCAGUGGAUUUUUUUUCAAUACAGGGGACGCAGAAGGAAAUUUAGUGUCAUUCAUACUGUAUACAUAAGCAAGUAAAUUAAAUUUUUUUUUUUAUCACAGAAUGACUUUUAGCUGCUGGUUACCAGCCAUGACAUCAGGGCUGGAAUUUUUUUUUUUACCUUGUGAGUUUGUUUGUGUGUCAUCAUGGCAAAAUGUGGUCCUGAAGACACCUGUUGAAACACAAAGACCACAGAAGUGGUUCUUGUGUAACGUGUUUAUUUUCCUGUCUUCGGACAGACUGUGUCACCACGAUAACGUCUAAGUCAUAAAAGAUGCAAUCACAAAAUUUUACAGGUGUGUAUUUGAGGUCACAAUGAAGGCCGAGUUCAAAGACGGGUGUGGUCCAAGCAACGGUGCCAGGAGUACUGGGAAAGGAAGUAGGGAAAGGGGCAAUUGACCCUCUACCCCCAUUUUACAGACCUGGUCCAAACUCAUUUCACGAUGCAGCUGGAGUGAUCCCAUUGCAGGACAGUCUCUAGUUAAUCUGGGUCUGUCAUAUAGAACAUUUGUGACGCUCUGUCGAAAGCAACGUUUGUUGUGAUGAAAGCAUUUUUCCCUUUCUAUGUCAUUACAAGCCUUUGGCCAAAGUCCAUAAUGGCUCUAAUCCAGGAGUCCAGAGUUCAGACAGGGAGAUUCAUCCACUAUGAACGGUAUUUCCUGAGUUGCAAACUAUUACCUUGGACCUCAAAAUCAUUUCUAAAAGGCCAGUUAAACCCUUUCAGAUUUGAAUAACGGUUGCUGGAAGAGACACUUUACAUAACUGACAUGGAUUGAGAGCUUUUUCAAACUCAGUCUCACACAGAAAGAGCCUUACCUGCUAACCGGGGCUCAUUACAACAUGUUGUACUCUUGCCCUGGUCACCCACCAGUGACAACUAUAUCUGUUAUAGAUCUGUUCUCAUAAAAUAAAGGAUUUAUACACAUCUGUGAUCUCUUCUCAGGUGCUGGACAAGAGCAAGUUUUCAUUUGAUGCUUCUGAAAUGUAUAUUUAAAGUAAUGGCAGCAGGUGAUGCCACGAAUUUUAUCAAAAUACUUCACUGCCACUGAUUUGUUCAAUCAAUUUUUCUGCCACUUGAAAAGUAAGAGCACUGUUUUCCUUAUGUUGGAGCCAAGUGUGAAAUUUUAAUUAAAACAAUUACAAUGUUCUGAAAGUAUCCUAACUUAUGUAUGUUCAAAGGGAUGUAUUUUUUACUUUCACAUGAACAUGUUCACGUCAAAUGUCAUGACAGUGUCAUGUCAACUGUUGAUGAACUGGUGUUUUAAUAAGAUGUAGACAUUCUCAUUAGCAUUUUGUAUUUUCAUACACUUAUUUUGUCAUCAACUGUAAUUUCCAUGUAUUAAUUUAACUUUAAUCAUGAUAAUGAUUACAUCAAGUUUUUGAGGGAGUCUGUUUGACUUUCAUUGUUGACAUAGUGUUGACAUUCAACACCUACAUACGAAUACUGCCUUAAUGUCCAAUACUUGAAUUAAACUUACAAGUUUUUAGCAACGA